AUGUUCAGCAGCAGCAGCAGCAGCAGCAGCAGAAGUAGCAGCAGGCAGGACUUGUCCUCUGCCCCCUCCUCCCCGUCGCUGUCGACAUCGCCACCGUCGUCGCCGGCGGUAGCGGCCAAGAAGCCCAAGCGGCAGUACUCGGAGGCCACCUGGCCCGACCCAACGGCACCGCCUCACGCCUCGCCGCAGGUGGACGAUGUCUCGCGGCUCAACGCCACCGACGUCGAGCGCGUGUUCGAGGUUCGCACGCCGGCCGACAUCAAGGCCAUCCUGCGCUGCGCCGCGGCAGAGGGCCGGCAGGUGUCGCUCGUCUCCGCGGGCACGGGAGCCCACUGGACCGAUCUCAUCCACUACCUCAACCAGUUUGGCCUCUCGCCGCGCACGAUGCAGAGCUACUCGAGCUUCUCCGUGGGCGGUACGGUGAGCGUCAACGCGCACGGCAUCACCACCGACCACUGCCUGGCUGAGUCGAUCGUUAGCUUUACCCUCAUUACUGCCGACGCGCGCGAGGUGGUGUGCAGCCGCACGGCCGAGGCCGACGACGCGCGGGAGCUGUUCUCGCUGGCCAUCGGCGGCUACGGCCUGUUCGGCAUCAUCACCGAGGACUUUGGGCGCGUCUACCGGAGCCUGCUCGCCGCCGAUCCGGACAAGGGCGGCGACGUCGACAUCAAGAUGGCCCGGCUGGACAUCACCAACCUGGAGCACAUCGAGCUCUACGUGUUCCGGCGGGCCUCGCCGGUGCAGACCGUGUCGCCGCUCGAUCUCAAGCCGCGCGAGAUGUCGCUCAGCUCGCGACUCAUCUACAAGUGGCUGGCGCCCACGCUCCAGGAGCUGCGGUUCACCGUUGAGCGCACGCUAGGCACCGCCUUCGACUGGAGCCAGACCAACGAACGCAACGCGCUCAUGUACGAGAGCGCGGUGCCGCUCGCGCGCCUCUAUUCGCCCCUGCUCCACAUCGAUGACACCUUCAUCCUACAGGAGUACUUCGUGCCACAGAAGUCGUUUCUGCGGUGGGUCGAGCAGGCUAAGCCUAUCUACCGCCGCAUCGCGCAGCACUCGCUCGUGAGCCUCCUCAACACCACCAUCCGCUUCGUGCACCACGAUACCGAGACCGCGCUGGCCUACUCCCGCAGCCCCGAGGGCGUCUACGCGUUCGUCCUCUACUACCGCAUCCGCCGCACGGCCGAGGCCGAUGAGGCGCUCCGGCGGUUCCACGAGGAGCUCACCGAGGUCACGCUCAGCGUGCGCGGCACCUUCUACCUGCCCUACCGCCACCACUACUCGUUCGAGCAGCUGGAGCAGGCCUACGGGCGCGACACGCUGCUCAGCUUCCUCGAGCGUAAGGAAAAGUAUGACCCGGGCUGCCUCUUCUCCUCCCUGUGGCUUCGCAAGUACGGCUCGGCCUACGCCUCCGACGCCUACCGCCAGCUCAUCCUCAGCUCCAAGUCGGCUUCCCGCGCUGCCGCCUCCUCGCUGCUGACGUCGGCAGGCAAAGUCGACGCGUCGUUCGAGAUGCCCCUGGUGAGCGAGCGCCGCACGGACUCGUACCGGCGCCUCUUCCACAACGCCCUGUUGCGGCGCCAGUUCUUGGAGGAGUUCCUCGUACACGUAUUCAACAUCGAAGACCCCAGCACCCUCUUCCGGCUCAUCUCCCAGGCCGUGUGGGAGCCCGACAACGUCACCGACCUCGACGUCUACGCCCACCUGCAGGCUGCCCUCGCCACGUACGCACCGCACCUGCUACUCACAAUCUCCUCUCAAACUAGUUUGGGCCUGACGGGCGGGCGGCUCUGA